GCUGGAGACUACAACCGUCACUCAUUCUGCUGGAGACUGGAGAGAACACACACAGACAGCACCAUGAAACAACUGGUCAUAUUUGGGGCUUUAGUUUUUGCUCCAUUCUACAUGGUUCACAGCGAAGUACCAGAACACUGUUUACUACCACAGGACGUGGGUACAGCUCCAGCCUCAACAGCAGAGGACUUCCAGAUCAUGCUGUAUUAUGAUGCAGCUAAAGACCUGUGCUACCCCUUCAAGUACCUGGGGGAGGGCGGCAACGCGAACCGCUUCACCCUGGAGAGGCUCUGUAUGAGGAACUGUUCUGCCAAGGCAGAGGAGAUUUAUCCCGUGGACGAGUCUAAAGCCUGCCACUUCAAGAAGAAUCUGGGUGAAUGCUUUGGCACCUACCUGCGUUAUUUCUACGACCCCAUCCAUGAGAAGUGUAAGAAGUUUCACUGGACUGGCUGUGUGGGGAACGGGAACAGGUUCAUCGACCAUCAGGCCUGCAACACCACCUGUGCUGGGAUUCAUGAUGAAGGUAAUGAGGAUGAGGAGGAUGAGCCCGAUACUCCUAUUGCCCUGAUUCUGGGGGUGGUGUUGGGGAUCACGGGAGGAAUAAUUAUUGGAGUUGUUAUUUUCCUGGUGAUACAGAGCAAUAAGAAUCACAAACGUGCACCAAAGAAUGUGAAAGAAGCCAAGAUGGAGACACCACUGCAACAGGAGCCAAUUGAGAUGGCAUAGAGAAGAGAACACAGAAAUGACUGGAAACACCAUAGAAAUGAGAAUGACUAGAGCGCAUGAUCCCAUUCAAGUCCACUUUCCAUUUUAAGUGUACCCAUGCCAGUCAUUGUAUUUCUAGGGGAAACACCAGGCAGGGCCCUCACCUGAAUGGCCCCUCUCAGGUUGAUUUAAUAGAGGAAUGUAGAUCUACAACUAACAACCCUACAAUGUAAUGUCAUGUUCCCAUCAUGUGUUGUUAUCAGAUUAUUCACAAAUCCUUGUUCCUGGGUUGGAGGAGUGGACAAUGAGAGAGUCGUAUGGUAUCUGCCUUCUCCUUCACUAAUGCAGGCCAGGCUAUUUUCCUCAUGGUUAUGUUUAAAAUGACUCUCAAUUAUCUUACAACAUGUAUAAGGCUUUCUGCACUCACUCAUCUUUUACAAUAUGACAUCUGUGUUUAUUUCAGGUAUAUUUGGUAGCUGCUCACAUCACCUCCACGGGCCACUAUUGUUUAUUAAUUUGAUUACGGCAUUGUGUGCUUUUACUGAACUCCUCAGUGGGCCAACAGGGUUCUUCUGAUAUUCCCAUAGUUCUUCAUGUGGAAUGUGUGUUUUAUUUUACUUGCUUCGUUCUGUUUAUGUUUGGUCUGUAUCAACAUUCACAUUGGUUUUGUUCCAACUACUGUAUGUAACAUUAUUGUAAGGCAUGAUGUGAGAAUGAACCAAAACACUGUUUAAAAAUAUAUAUAUUAUGGGACAGGUUUUACGCACAGAAAUAGAAUGAAUAGAACUGUCAUCCCCAUUCAAGUAAAUUGUGCCAUUAUGGGACUGAGAUGAUGUCAUCCUCCUGGACUGGCAGCCAUUUUGAGUGUACCCAUAAGGAGCAAAGCAGGAAGUAAAAGCAGGAAGUUAAAAAAAGCAGGAAGUAAAUAAAAGCAGCGAGUCAAUAUGUGCUGUGAUGUUGUUGUUGUGAAAUUCCAUAUACAUUUUGAAGGAUACAUAUUCAAAUGUGUUACAAAAAUAAAUUAACACAGAUAAACACAAACAUGAAAGAUGUGCAUAACUUAAAGGGGAAUGGAGCUGUGUUCAAAUACCGAAUACUCAUACUAACUGCACUAACCAUACUAUUUGUGAUGUAAAUGUAGUAUGCUUAUUGUUCAUAGUAUGGAUACUCAUAGCUGUCAAAGAUUGUGUGACACCUUCAUAUGAUGGUAUUCCAGUGAAAUUUAACCAUUACAAAGGAUCAGAAGUCGAGAUGAUUUACUACAUUUUAACCCUCUUAUUAAAAAAACAGAAGAAGCUAAAUCAAUGGCUACAGAGGGACUUAUCUUUAAAAGGUAGAGUCCUAAUAACCAAGGCUGAAGGUAUCUCUAGACUAACAUAUGGCGCUCAAUCUUUAUAUCUUGAGAGUAAAAUUAGCAAGGAGAUAGACCAGAUGCUUUUCAACUUUCUGUGGAGAAACUGUACCCAUUACAUUGGGAAAACUGUUGUAAUGAACACUGUGGGCUGAAUUUUCUGGACUGUACUACUUUAAAAAAUACUUUUAAGAUCAAUUGGAUAAAACAAUGCCUAAGAAGA